AUGUACCUGCAAGCAAACCCUUGGCCGCGCCCCAAUUCCUCAGAGUCGCGCUGUAAGAACGCACCCCCCUCUCUCCGGUUCGAGUUCUCCGAAAGCUCGGCGACAAAGCAGCAACUAUGUUCCCAUUUGAAGCAGGAACUAACAGCUGUGCGUGAGUGCAUCUCUAUCCACGUUGGCCAAGCCGGUGUCCAGAUUGGCAAUGCCUGCUGGGAGCUCUACUGCCUAGAACAUGGCAUCCAACCAGAUGGGCAGAUGCCCAGCGAUAAGACCAUUGGGGGAGGAGAUGAUUCCUUCAACACCUUCUUCAGUGAGACUGGAGCUGGCAAACACGUUCCCAGGGCUGUGUUUGUGGAUUUGGAGCCAACAGUGAUUGAAUACAUGGCCUGCUGCCUGUUGUACCGUGGUGACGUUGUUCCCAAAGAUGUCAAUGCUGCUAUUGCCACCAUCAAGACCAAACGUACCAUCCAGUUUGUAGACUGGUGUCCCACUGGUUUCAAGGUUGGUAUCAACUACCAGCCCCCGACCGUGGUCCCCGGAGGCGACUUGGCCAAAGUGCAGCGUGCAGUCUGCAUGCUGAGCAACACCACAGCCAUUGCUGAGGCCUGGGCCCGCCUGGACCAUAAGUUUGACCUGAUGUAUGCCAAGCGUGCCUUUGUCCACUGGUACGUUGGGGAAGGGAUGGAAGAAGGAGAGUUCUCAGAGGCUCGGGAGGACAUGGCUGCUCUGGAGAAGGAUUAUGAGGAAGUGGGUGUGGAUUCUGUUGAAGGAGAGGGUGAAGAGGAAGGAGAGGAAUAUUAGACCUGCUUUGCCACAUCUCUGCUCCUCGUCUCCAUGAUGUUUCAUUUAACACACUUAGCUUACUAGUUACCUGGGGCCGUGAUACUACAAAGGAAUGCAGCAGACACUAGGAUGUCUUGCCAUUCCGCCAUGUGAUCAUGUCAGUUUUCCAUGUCUUAAACGUAUCAUGUCUGUGAAAUAAAAUGGUAUAAAACA